AUGGUGCAUUCAUUUCUUCUUCAAGGGAAGGCAACACCACCUUACCAUGAUACCCAAGUUGCUGUUGUCGGUGGAGGAAUGGCUGGGCUGGCGGCAGCAUCAGCUCUGUCAGAGGCUGGUCUUCAAGUUGUCUUAUUGGAAGCAUCUGAUUAUUUUGGUAAAUACAGUAGUCAAUUUUUAACAUAUUGAAUUGCACAAGAAGGCAUGUAAUGCAAUUUUCUCUUUUGUUUAUACCCUUAUAACCCUUGUCAAAAUCACUUACCCGUACUUCUUUUUCACAUCCUUUUUUCACAUCACAGCAUUACUCAGAACACUUUUGAACUGUUUGGAAUAUACUUGUUUUUUCUUUGAAUGGACCAAACUCAACUUAAACAUUUAUUUUUUAAUCUAGCAUUGUUGAAUAGGUAUCUUUAAAGGCUAUAAUUUCAAGAGAAGGCCAUUUGAAAAUCCUGUGUUACUCCCAGUAUACAACUUUCAGCAGUUUUUAUUUACCAAUCAGGCCCUGGUUGUAUAAAUUGCUAUCCACUGGAUAGCAAUUUAUCUGUUGGAUAGAGUUAUCCUCCUUUUGAACAACUGGGCCCAGGAUUGAGUUUUGUUGAGUAUUUAUUAACUGUGAUCCACCUCUCAGGGACCUGAGAGGAUUUUGAACAUAUUUAAUAAUCUUCUAAUUUCCUUUAAUUUUUCAAUAAUUACUUUUUGCUUGUCUUGCUAGGUGGAAGAGUGAAGCAAGUUCAGCCAUUUGAAGGAUUUUCUCCAAUUGAUCUUGGUGGAGAGUUUAUCCAUGGAUCAGAUAGUAUCAUAACCAGGACAGCAAAAGAAAAUGGCUGGGUUGUGCAACCAGUAAGAUACAUAAACUUUUAGUGGGUGAAGGUGUUGUUGAUUGCAUGCAUGCAAUUUUUCUUUUUCUAUGGAAUUAUCAGUGGUCAGGACUUGUUACUUGUAAAUUGCAUUUAGAAUUCAUCACUGAAGUGUUGUAAAGCAUGUUAUUUAUAAUAUAUUUUCUCUCACUCCUGAGGCGGGGACCCUACUGUAACAUACAUACUAGUCCUAAUGUGGACAUCUUUUCUUAUUAGCCCUUUUAUGCCCAGUAGCAACCAAAAAGGAAUUUCUUCCUAAAAUAGCAGUUCAUUUGUAAAGCGAAUAAGUGUGUGCCCAGCAGAGCUGGUGUAAUUUUGGUGAGCAAGUGCAUCUUUGAUUUCUAAAGCAGCAGAGGGCUGCAUGGGGAGAGAAAAAAAUUUGUCCCAAGGGAGUGAACAAUCCUAAGGGCUUGACUGACUUUUGCAAUACCACAAAGACAUCAGUCUCCCAGGAAAGAUAUUUGACCAUAUUUACGCAAGUAGCGAUUUCCAUCUGAGAUGUUGAUUUGAUUUAUAAUGCAAUCUCACUGUCAUGCAAUUGUCAUACUGUCACACACAAGGGGUCGCACUUUCAUGCUGGGUGUAAUGUCAUAUGAUCAGGUAAUUUUUACCACCUGGUACAUAAUGCUCUUUUUGAUUGGCUGUGUGCCAUAGUGCUCUCCAUAACUUUACUUUCCUUCUCGAUAAAAGAGCACAUAAGAUGAUUAGAGAAAUCUUCCAUUUUGCUGACUUUGCAGUGCUUCAAAUGCGAGGGAAUGGAGAAAGAAUACAUGUUCUUCUACAAAGAUGAAUUACAUCCACUAUUAAGUAGCCAUCCUGAUAUUCAGAAAGCCUGGAAAGCUUGGGAUGAUAUCAUUUUUCUUUGGGACAAGAUAUCUAAAAGAGAACUCCAUCAAAAUGCAGAAAAUGUUUCCUGUGAAGGUAAUGGCAGAAGUGCAGAGUGUUACUCUGUUAAACCUGAUUUAGAAUCCAAGGCAACUUCUGCCCAAGCAGAAUCAAUAGAGGCAUCAGAAAUUGACAGUAGACAGAAUCCCGGAGAUGAUGCCGAGAAUUUUAGGUAAGUCCCCUAGACAAUUUAGUUGAGUAUCAUUCUUCCCUGAGAAGAGAUGGCUGCAAAAUCUGACCUCUGCGGUGUAAGUGGUUGGCAAAGUAAAAUACAUCACUAGUCUAGUAGGGUAAUUUUGUUUUAACAACUGAGUUGAUAGCAUAAAUUGGCCACUGUAAGGAGUUUCAAAGCUGACGUUUCGAGAGUUAGCCCUUCGUCAGAGCGAUCGACGAAGGGCUAACGCACGAAAUGUCAGCUUAUAAACUCUUUACGGUGGCCAAUUUACGUUAUUAACUCGGUUGAUAAAAAUACUAAAUUACCCUGUUAUACUCUACCACCGACGUAGCAACACAGUUCUUUAGAAACUUACCCCUUUAUUUACUAAACUAAUAAGCAGGUAAUGGAACAAACUUAACAACGAGAGAGGCUAAUUCGUCUCAUGCACUUUUUAAUGCGUCAUUUUAAAACAACGGAAGGUGAAUUUUAGACUUAUAGAGACUGGUUUCUUUGGUACUUUUCCUGUCGCAGAGACAUGAGUAUUCAACAGUGGUUGAAGAGACAGAAGUGUAACGAUGAUGUGAUGGCGGUGUUUGAUUCUAUGUAUUGCCAAACAGUAGCUGCUGCACCCAGCCAGAUGGGUCUGUAUGAGUGUGCACGUGAGGAAAAUGCUUGGACGUAUGGUGAUGGGAAUUUCAGGUCAGUUUUAACUUUUAAUCCAAAAUUUCUAGAGAAGGAAAAGGGGCUUUUGAAUGGGUGUUUAAGCGAAGUCUCACUCCACCAUCUCUACCACAAGCAAUGAACUGCCCUUCGUCAAUCCAUCAUUUUAACUCAGUCUUUCUAUGUUCUACCAGAGGUUUCCAUAGAAGCUAGUUACCGGUCGUUUACCGCCAUUUGUUUAGCCUGCGAGCACGUUCUCUCAUUUGGGAUUUAUGUUACAGCGCAGCUGCCCAUUACAAUAUCAGCGACCGCUUUUGGAAAAAGUUAUUGUCACCCCGUACAGGCCUGAAUUUUUUAGGCCUUAUUUUCGCUACAGCCCGAGUAGUGUUCAUUACUGCGAAGGUCGCUUUCAUGUUCACCCCUGGUUUCACUUUAUGUGGGGAAGAUUAAAGAAUACAGUACCACUUGUGACGUCAAUUGCUUGUGCUCAUGUUUAAAAGUAACAAAAUUGAAUGUUUGACUGAAGAAUCUACUCCCAUAUGCAGGUUUAAUAUAACCAGGCAGGUUUACGACAAAGCUCACCGCGUCCUUGCAAAGAAGCACCCCAAAAUGACCCAAAUGUUAACAAUUUAGACUUGCUUCGAAGCAAAACCACUCAAACUGAAAAAGGGUGACUCUUGAAGAUUGGUUUCCUCAGAUCUUAUUACCAACUUGGGUGGAUUUAGAGGGGGGUUGGGUUGGGACUUCGAUGACUACUAUCCUCCCCUUUGCCUCCCUUCUUUGUUGGAUGUUUGGUCAAAUUUUGUAAUCCAUUUCAUUAGAUGUGAAGGUUGGUUGUUGUUAUAGAAUACAAUCGCUCCCCUACUGCCUUUUAUUGCCCGUUCCUCUCUUCUUCUGAGAAUUAUAAAGGACACAUCUAAUUGUUUGCGUAUCUCAUAAACUUUUCACGGUAUUUUCAGUAUAUUUCAUUUUCCUCGGUAUUUAUUUUUCAAGGUAUAUUUUACUGCUUUUUCAAAUUUUUUCUUCAGGUUGGCGGGAUCGUAUUCUCUGCUUGUGGAACAUUUCUUAGAGAAGUGUUCUGAAGUCGAGAAACGACUGUGUUGGCAAGUGACAGAGAUUAAUUGGAAAGGUAAAGUUGUUUGAGAGACAUUUAUAUGUCUUUUAUAUAACACGGUAUAUAUUCCAUGCACUCGCCUUCAAUGAGAGCUGAUAUUAAUCGAAUGAAGCAAUUUUAUGUAGUGUAGUUCGUAUAGUAUGAUCGUCCGGGUGAGUGUAGUUCUGAAAAGAACUGUUGUUGGUGACUGACGUUUCGACAACCUGUGCGGAAGUCAUCUUCAGAGUAAAGUUUAUGUAGUGUCUUUAAACUUAGAAAAAAGUGCUUUACCACAAAGAGCCAGUGAGAAGUCAUAGUAAUGGCGAGCAAACUGAUUGAAGCACAGGAAAUGGAAUUGAUCAAGUCGUGGUUGGUUUUAGUUUUGCAACUGAUUGGUUGAGAGGAUGUUGCACAUUUUCUAGAACAAUCAAAGGACAAAGUUUAGCAAAGCUAAUGCAAUCCUAGAAUGCGUUUGACACUCAACUGAAAACUUCUCUUCGUUUCUAAGACGCAAAACACCUUUAUUUCUUCACCAAGCUCAAAAUUUAUCAGCUUUCUGCUAUUUACGGUUGUUAAGGUUUUUCUUGGCAAUAUCCUCCGAUAAUUAGAUUUAAAAUAUUCCAAGGUUCUAAUUCGUCAAAAAGAAACUAUCCGUUCUCGUAGACAACAAUUUCUCUCGAAGGAUUAAACUCAAUUCUGGUAUAUAAAAGCUACGUGUGUGUCAAUAAACACGCCCUUUGAUAAGAUAAUCAGUAUUCAGUUUGAUGGUAGGUUCUAAUUAAAAAAUAACGUAAAUGUUCGCAGUGUUUAGGUCUUAAUGUUCGCAAGGUUCAAUUCUUAAGGUUUGCAAGGUGCAAUUCUUAGUUUCGUGUUCCGUUCUUCACAUUUACUCACAUAGACGAAAAACACCUUUAUUUCUUCACCAAGCUCAAAAUUUAUCAGCUUUUUUAUUCUAUUUAUUCACAUAACACUUUCAAAAAAAGCCAAUCCCGGCAGUACUUGAAGGACAGGUGUCAUAUAUGAACCUAGGGUCUUUGUAGCUCAGCGGUAGAACGUCGGAGCACGGAAUCCCAAUGUCUGAGAUUUGAUUCCCGGUGGGUACUUGUAUGUUUUUGUGAGGCGUAGGGCAAAGACUAAGCUCAAAACUUCACCAUCUUUCUUAACUCUUUGUUCAAAGAGGGAGCAAUUUCCAUUCUUUAAAUGCUGUUUCUUGCAGGUGAGAAUGAUACGGAUAAAAUAGAAAUGCAGCAUGAGUCGAAAUCAGAUGGACAUGUUUGUCUAAAGAAUCAACUCGGCCAAACUCUAGCCGCCAAAUAUGUGAUUAUUACUGUGCCACUGACAGUUCUUAAAGAUGGUGACAUAAACUUCAUUCCGCCUUUGCCAGCGAGCAAAAAAAGAGCCAUAGACGGAAUAGAAAUGAGAGGGGCACUGAAAAUUGUUUGUCGUUUCAAGUCACAAUUCUGGCCGGACAACUUAAACCUAUUAUACAGAGUACGGGGCUUUGUGAGCCAAAUAUGGAUGUACACACGUGACUCUACGGAGAGCGCUGAGAAGUGUCAUCUGAUCGCGGGCUUUCAAACGGCUGAGCCCGCAGAGGCGAAAAUUAACCUCAGCGGACAAGAAGUUUUAGAUGGGUUUCUUCAAGAUUUGGAUCACAUAUUUCAGUAAGUGCCCCACCCUUCAAAAGAAGUAGGUAGAGAGAAUGGAAAUUAAUGGGACAUUUCUGGAACUUCAGCAUUGCGGAAGGUAGAUACGAAAUUUUCAUGACAGUUUAAUCCGAAUUUUGAUUAUAAAUCUCAUUGAGGCCUUGCAUAAAACAUUCAUGCACAUUAAUUCGAGUUUAUCAUUUAAUUCUAAGUUUAACAAAAUUAUUUCACCAUCAUUGGCAAGUCUGAUGGUGACAUUAAAAAAUUGUACUUGCUCCAUGAACAGUCACACACAGAUUUCAAAAAUUGUACCAGAAGACAAUUAUUGAAUUUGAAUGAAUGUUUAAUGAAUUUGAUUAUAUUGUACAAACAUUGCAAGUAGCUAAAUUAAUCUACGAGAUCACUCUUUAAAGUGCUCACAUUAGAUAAAAUAGAGUGCGAAAUCUUAACCACCACCCACCGUUUACUUACGAGUGGUUUCGCAGUCUGCUGGCAAAAUUUAAGGUUGAAUUCGAGAAGUUAGGCACUUAAUAUGGUUGGGGUGGAAGCUGUAACUUUACAAAUGUGUCUAAAUAUGAACCAUUUUUGACUCUCUUUUCUGCAUUAAAAGAAGCUGCAUUAUCCGAAAAUGCUAGAUGGACCAUGUACUUUCAUUCUAUGAGGGUGAAUCAUCCAUAACUAUGAAAGUUGUUAUCCUUUUCAGUUGCACAAAGAGGAAUUUCCUCUGAAAAUAUGAGUACUUCAGUUAAAAAAUGUACGGGAAUAAUGUUUGAUGUAGGCCAUAUUCUCAGAGCUUAACUUAUAAGAACUGUACGGUAGAUAGUGCUGGGAAGAGAUAUUUACAUCUGAAGAGGAAGAGGGUCAAACGUGAUUCGCCAUUUUUGUUGAAGUGCUUUUUGGGGAUUAUGAGAAGGGUUGAUGUAAAAGGGAGAUAGGUGUUUUUUGUUUAGCGGUUCUUGACAUUCCUGUUACCUGUUUCAACUUUUUCAAUAGAACUGUCUCCAACCCGCACCCUGCUACUGAUUCAUUCAUGGAUUACAUCUAUUACCAUUGGUCCAAACAUCCUUUCAUUCGCGGGGGGUACAGCUCUCCAACAGUUCAUGCGUAUGGCCUGCGCCACGAGCUUGGGCGCCCUGUGGGGGAUCGCCUGUUUUUCGCUGGUGAAGCCACGAGUGUGACUGCCUGUGCUACUGUCCACACUGCCAUGGAAACUGGAUUACGAGCCGCUCGAGAAGUUUGCGGUAUCAGCACUCGUGUUAUCACAGAGUGAAUUAUGCCAGAAAAAUGAACAGUCCAUGACUGUUGAAUGAUCGUACGUCCAUAACAAGGGAGAAAGUUGUUGUUUCUUUUACAUUAUUCUCAGUUGGAAAGUUCUGUGUCUUGAAGACUUUGGAAUUGACUCCGUCGUCUAUUUAAAAUUCAAGAAUGGUAUAGGUUUGGAACGAGGCUAGUUACUCGUGAUACGCGUAGUCAUGCUCGCUCGUGGUUAGGCCCUUAUAGAUUGUGCUAGCAUAAUUUUUGGCAUAAUGUAGAAAUACGCGUAUAAUUUUGGCUUUUUUUAUAAAUGUAGCUCUGUCAGCAUAAUCAGUGUAUUUUAAGUUUUUUUCCUUUUUUGAAGGGAACACUACCAGAGUCAAAACUUAUUUGGUCUUUAAGAUUGAUUAUCUUCAAGUUCCGUUUCAAUGAACGAGUUGCCAGUAAUCGGAUCCUUGUGCUUGCGCAAAGAUUUCUGGGAUCGCCACGCGGCAAACAUUGCAACUCGCCAUAAAGAAAUGUAUGGCGGCGAAAGAUUGUUUCAACGUCCGAAACAACGAUCAGUUUUGGAGAGAGAUCAAUGCUUUUCCGCCGCAGUUUUAUCAUGAAUGGAUAAAGAUAAUGUUGAUUCGAGAAAACUGUAAGUUUUUGUUAGUAUUUCCACGAAAUAUACCGAUGAACGUCUCUGCUCGUGUCAGGUUUAUUGUGAAAUCGUCAUCGCGUAAUGGUCUUGACAUUUUACAAAGUUAGCCGUUAAUCGUUAUGAGAUAACUCAUUUAAGUCUUUUCAGUUGUAUUUAUGUAUGUACAGCCUAUUUUCAUACUUGUUAACGUAUCAGAUAAACAAAUUACGACGUCUG